AUGUCGCCUAUUAUUGAACCUACCAAUGAAUUAUCCAAGUUGUCUUUAAAUGAAACCCAAGUAAACAAAAAAUUAAAUGAAUCUUUAGAAGAAGAGGUUGAGGAGAUUCUCAAGGAAAAUACAAGACGCUUUUGUUUAUUCCCAAUUAAAUACCAUGAGAUUUGGCAAUUUUAUAAGAAAGCAGAAGCCUCUUUUUGGACUGCUGAAGAAAUUGAUUUAUCUAAAGACCAAGUUGAUUGGGAAAUCAAGAUGAACGAUAACGAAAGAUUUUUUAUUUCCCGUGUCCUGGCCUUCUUUGCUAGUGCAGAUGGUGUUGUAAAUGAAAACUUGGUUCAAAACUUUUGUGAUGAAGUUAAAAUUCCUGAAGCUAAAUGCUUUUAUGGGUUUCAAAUUGCUAUUGAAAAUAUUCAUGCUGAGACAUAUAGUCUUUUGAUUGAUACUUAUAUUAAGGAUUCACAAGAGAAGGAGAUGCUUUUUGAUGCUAUCGAGACAAUUCCUUGUAUUAAGAAAAAGGCGGACUGGGCUUUCACAUGGAUUUCAUCGAAUACUUCAUUUGCUGAACGAUUAGUUGCCUUUGCUGCUGUUGAGGGUAUCUUCUUUUCAGGUUCAUUUGCCUCUAUCUUUUGGCUCAAGAAACGUGGUUUAAUGCCUGGUUUGACCUUUUCAAAUGAACUCAUUAGUCGUGAUGAGGGUCUUCACACUGACUUUGCUUGUCUCUUAUUCUCUCAUCUCAAAAAUACUCCCACUGCUACUCGUGUUACUGCCAUCAUUACGGAAGCUGUAAGCAUUGAAAAAGAAUUUUUAACCGAUGCUUUACCUGUCAACUUGAUAGGUAUGAAUGCAUCUCUCAUGUGUCAAUACAUUGAAUUUGUCGCUGAUAGACUCUUGGUCGCUCUUGGUUUUGACAAACUUUACAAUGUAGCUAAUCCAUUUGACUUUAUGGAUAUGAUUUCACUUCAAGGAAAGACCAACUUCUUUGAAAAACGUGUUUCCGAUUAUCAACGUGCUGGUGUUAUGAAUAAGACUCCUGUUGAAAAAACUUUUACUUUGGAUGCUGAUUUCUAA